AUGGAUUCUGAUGCUCUUGUAUCGUGUGGAGCAAUGAUGCUUGGAUUUGUUGCUGACUAUUGGCGUUCGCUAGAAGCUCGUCCUGUUGUUCCAAAUGUAAAGCCAGGCUAUUUACGCCAAUUAUUACCUACUGAAGCACCUGAACAACCUGAACCAUUUCAAUCGAUUGUUGAUGAUCUUGAAUCAACCAUCAUGGUAGGUGUUACGCAUUGGCAUAGUCCAAGGUUUCAUGCUUAUUUUCCAACGGCUGCAUCCUACCCAGCUAUUUGUGCGGAUAUUCUAUCCGGUGGUAUUGCUUGUAUUGGAUUUUCAUGGAUUGCAUCACCAGCGUGUACAGAACUCGAAGGUAUUGUUAUGGAUUGGCUAGCAAAAGCAAUGGAUUUACCAGAAUUUUUUCUUUCUACUGGCAAUGGUGGUGGAAUUAUUCAAGGUACGGCCAGCGAAGCAACCAUUGUUGCAUUACUUGCAGCUCGUUCAAGAAUUUUUACAGAGAAAAAAGCUGAAGAUUCAACAUUAACACUGGGUCGUUUACUCGAUCAAUUGGUGGUCUAUUGUUCUGAUCAAGCUCAUUCAUCUGUUGAUAAAGGUGCACUAAUUGUUGGUUGCCAAAUGCGUAAAAUUAGUUCUGGUCCAGAUUGUGUUAUGCGUGGCGAACAACUUGAAGCAGCCAUUGCUGAAGACCGAAAAAAGGGAUUAAUACCAUUCUUUAUCGUUGCUACACUCGGUACAACUGCAACAUGUGCUUUUGAUGAUUUGAUGAGUGUUGGACGUGUAUGCGAAAAAGAACAUAUAUGGAUGCAUAUAGAUGCAGCCUAUGCUGGAAAUGCUUUUAUUUGUCCUGAAUAUCGACAUUUGCUAAAUGGUAUCGAAUAUGCUGAAUCGUUUAAUUUCAAUCCACACAAAUGGAUGUUGGUUAAUUUUGACUGUUCAGCAAUGUAUCUUAAAGAUCGAAAACAUUUUAUUGAUGCUUUCAAUGUUGAUCCACUGUAUUUACAACAUGAAUAUCAAUCAUCGGCACCCGAUUAUCGACAUUGGCAAAUUCCUCUUGGACGACGAUUUCGAUCACUUAAACUUUGGUUCGUUUUUCGAUCAUUUGGUUUAGACGGAUUACGAAAAUAUAUUCGUAAGCAUAUUCAAUUAGCUGAAUAUUUUAUUUCAUUAAUUAGUAAAGAUGCACGUUUUGAAAUUAUUUUUCCUGCUCCACAAUUGGGUCUUGUCUGUUUUCGAUUAAAAGAUGGUUCAAAUGAAUUGAAUAAAAGUUUAUUUGAUGCAUUAAAUAAUGAUAAACGUAUUUAUCUUGUAUCAGCAAAUGUGAAAGAGAAAUAUAUUUUACGUUUUGCUGUGUGUUCAUCGUUAACAGAAGAAAAGCAUAUUGAAUCUUCUUGGAAUGUUAUCGAUGAAGUUGCUACAAAACUUCUUUCUUCAUAA